GUCAUCUCAUGCGUGCGCCAAAUGCAUGCUUGCAAAUUACACGUGGAUGACAAGAAAAAGUUGAACUUCUAACUCAAGAAAUUCUAUUUCUAGUUCGUGUCGUGGACUUGGACCAAGAAUUUUAUUUUAUUUCAGCUUAUUCAAGAGCUCAGGUGGGGAAAUUUUCAAGAAAAUCAUGCCGAAACAGAAGAGUAGUAAACAAACACUUGCAAGCAGCGGUUCUGAAUCUGACGAGCCUACUCCCAAAAAGGCGAAGACUGCUGCCAAGAAACCUGCCAAGAAAUCAGCUGAUGAAAAUGACACCUCCAACAUGUUUUCACUAUCCAGACAGAGAUUUGUGAAUGUGAGGGAGUUUCGUGGUAAAGUCCUUAUUGAUAUCCGUGAGUACUAUGAGCCAGAGGUUGGCGAUCUCAGGCCUGGAAAGAAAGGAAUCAGCUUGACGGUGGAUCAAUGGAGGAAGCUUGUCAACCAGAUUGAUGACAUUGAUGCCAGGAUCGAAGAGAUGGCUUGAGAUUUUUUAUAUAUCCUGUCCUUUUACAUGUAUGUGUAAGAUUUCUAAUUUAAGCCCCAAUUAUGAAGUCAAGUGUAAAAAAAUAAUGUUAAUCUUGUAAAAUGUCUGUGCAACUGGACACUAAACAAAUAUUUAAGCUGUAAAGUAAGAUUUAUUGCACCGGUCUUUAAGGUCCAAUAGCUCCCAUCACGUAAUGUACAUGUAAAUGAAGACUGGGUUUAGCUAUCCUGUUCUUUUAUAACAAGUUGUCUGUCUGGGUUGGUAUUCUGAAAUUAUAUAUCUUGAAACAGAACUUGACUCCUGCAAUUGUCAAAGAAGAAAAAAUAAAUAAAGGUACACUUGUGGUGGGUGCAAAUCAUACAAAUCAUUGCCCAUGGGCAAGACCAUAAUUUCAAAGUGUGCCCUUCAUGUAUGCAAAUGGAGUACCCAAUUUCUUACUGCUUGGACAGUGUAAAGAAGAUAAAAGAUGAUAUAAAUUUAGACUUUUGAUAAUAUUAUGUGCCAUUUUAAAGUAGUGUAGAUCGUAGAUAUAUUCCAUUGACUGUGAAUGUAUGCAGCUUUGGGGUACGUUGAUGUAAAUUUUUGAUGCAGCUUUUUAAUUGGUACUACAGUACAUAUGUAGGUUAUCUCUUUUUUUUCUAAUUUAAACUUUAUGACAUGUUUAGCUCGAAGCAUAUCACCAUUAUCUUUUCAUAAUUUGGUUGUCUUUUACAGAUUUAGCUCUAAGCUUAUCAUUGCAUUAUUGUAAUCAUUAUUUUGUCUUCUGGUUUGAAGGGUUUAGCUGUAUGCUUCUCAUAUUUCCAUCAUUUCAUUAUCAUUUUGUUUCUGUUUGGUGUCAAGGAUGAAAAUGUUCCUGCAACUCAAAGCUGUUUGCAUCACUAUCAUCUAAUUAACAUCUUUUCUUUAAAGGUAUUUCUCAUUUUGAAAUUGAUUUGAAUUUGUUGUAAAUGUAGUUUAUUCCUGUCUGGCAAAAAUGAUGAUAGGUUACAAUUUUCAAACAAAGUUUGUCUCAACUAGAGUCAACUAUCAAGGAUGCCCAGUAUUUGAAGUUUUGUGAUGAAGAGAAUGGGUCCAAUUAUAUUUUUAUUAAUUUAUCAUGAAAUACACAUGUACCAAUAUCAUUGGAAUGGAAUUCUGCUUAAAGCUAUCUCUAGUCUACCAUAUAUUCUCCUAAGAUAUCCUUUGGCAUAAUAAAUAAUAUUUGCCCAAAUGAACUGCACCUGAAUACCUUAAUGGUGGUUAGCAUCUGUAAUUACUAAUCAAUUUGCCCACUUUUGCCAAGAGCAUGUAUGUACAUGUAGAUACAUGUAUGUAAUAUUGCCCCUUAUAACAUUGUGCUAAAACAUGACAUGCAGUAUUUGAUUUAUAAGAUUUUUAUUUCACGUUCUUGAUUCUUAUUUCAUAAACAUGCAUCUGAAAUAUGAUUUUUUUUAAUUGCCAAUCUUCAUCCAUAAUUAAAGAAUUGUAUCCCCAUUUGCAGUAUUAAGAGUUAAUGAGUUAAUGUGAAAAUUUAUGCAUAGGUUUACAUGUACUUUUUGUGGUAUUUAGGGAAAAAUGCAUUUCAUUCUGAUAUUUCAUGUUGUAAUUAAUCUUUACCAAAGGUCUUCCAAGACUGACCCUGAUGUGUUAUUUUGAUGAGGAUUUGUGUUUCAGUUCUACAUGUAGUUUGUUAAAUGUUUUUCAGUGGUAGAAGAAAAUAGAAGGAAUGUGCCUCAAUGCCAUAACAAUAGAGUAGAUUUUUUUUUCUCUUUCUCUCUCCGAGAUGAAAUAUGAGUACAUUUUGUUCAUUUCAAAUACACAGAUUUUUCCAAAAUCUUAGUUUCAUCAAAUUCUACAAUUUUAUUGAAGAGUACAAUGUACAUGAGGCACCCAUUUCACAAUAUAUUUUUUUAUUAUGGUAUUAACAGAGUUCAUUAGCCAAUCAAAAUUGAUUUUUUUAUCAUGGAAGUUCUUACCAUGAUAGCAAAGUAACCAUAAGAUAAGAUCUUUAUGAAAUGGGCCCAUGAGCAUUGAUUGAUAAAUGUUGUUAUCAGUGGGAAAAAGUGGAUUUCUGCUCAUUAGUUGACUGACUGUUAAAGUUGUUGGGGUUUUUUUUCUAAGAAUUCUAGGAUGUGUACUGAUAGAUGAAGUUGGAUUAUCGGUUACAGGUCAUUUAUUCACACAAUUAAUAUGACCUCUUUCUGUGCAAAAGUGGUGAACAAUGAACGCCCUGGUGGGUUUUCAUCUGUAUUUUUUUUUUCAUAUGACAAGUUGUCAAGAGCUGACUAUCCAUGGUUUUGAUUGGCUAAGAAGCACAAUUGUGUGAACAAUAGUCUAUAAAUCAUCAUUGCUGACGAUUUGCAUGAAAACAGUCCCCCAGUAGCUCUCUAUCUUUGCAAUUAAUCGUUUAUUAUUCUUCAUUUGCUUAUCGAAAUAAGAUUAGUUUUGAUAAAUUGCUCAUCUAGAGUUCUAGAAUGGUAUAUAGGCAACAAAACCAUGAAAAAAAUCCAAUUCUGUUUAGGCUUGAUUGUAUUACUAUUAAGAACUUUGUGUAACGUCAGAGCCACGUGUUUGGUGCAGGAAUCCCGCAAGUGGCCUUUCAUACAUUACCAAACCUCACGUUUCAAGGGGAAGUUCACCCUGAAAAAAAGUUUGUCGUUAUAAUAGCAAAAAACAUAAUGAAAAAUAUUGGUGAAGGUGUGAGAAAAAUCCAUCGAAGAAUAAAGAAGUUAUUAGAAUUUUAAUCAUUUGAUUUGACGUCUUAUGCAAGCACCUUCCCUACAUAUCGAAUGGUAAAAAAUCAAUGAAAUGUCAUUUUCUCAGAAAAUUGUAAAUGGUUUUUACUGCUUCUUCAAUAUUUCAAUAGACAUCAUUUCACACCCAUUCCUUAAAAAAAAGUCAUCACAAACUAUUGAAAAAGUUGAAAUAUUUGCAUUUUAUAUUCCAUAACAUAUGGGGCAGCUGCUCGUCAAUGACGUAACAAUCCCCAAACCUAAAACUCUAAUAACUUAAUCUUUAAUGGAUUUUCCUCAACCUUCACCAAUAUUUGUUAUUUUUAUGCUAUUUUCACAACAAACCUUUCUUCAGGGUGAACUUCCCCUUUAAUAGAGAAUGCAGGGAAGCCUCUGAGAAACGAUGCAUGGUGUAUUUGUAGUGGGAUUCUAGCUUAAAAUGUGCCACAUACUUUUGACAAAUUACCUUUCGAGGAGGUGCCAACAUGGACCUGUAUGACAAGCAUCUCUCUUUUUCUUUAUGUUUGUCUAUUUAGAGUGACCACUGAUUGUAGACGCGCAUAAGCUUUUGGUUUUCAUCAAGAAUGUUAUUCAUAAAUUGUAAUAUGUAGAGAUUAAUAUUUAAUAUACAAGAUACAUUCAUACUUGAAAUAAAAAAAAGCACAUUGUA